AUGAACCAGUCUUCUCCAGUCUUGGUCACCGUCGGUACUGGCUCCAGCAAGAGCACCGGCAUUGUCGAGAUGCGAGCCGCCGCCUUAGAGUUGGCAGCACCAUCCAAGUGGCCGGUCCCAACCUCCACCACGACCCAGACCAGCACGGUGACAAUCACUCCGGCCUGGACCACUUUGCCCACCGUGACACUCCUGUACACCACUACCAAGACUAAGAAGAACGACCACACCACCAUCACGGUGCCUCGCACCCACAGCAAAAACAAACGGGCUGAGCCCACGGACUCUCUCACCUUGUUGCCCGAUGGCUCCCUUGGAACAAUCCUGCACAAGCAUACGACUACCACUUCCACUCGGCACAAGACGUCCUUCACCACGGUGACUCCGACGGUCACUCACGUCUCCAUCCACUCUCCUGCUCCUUCCAUCACCAGGCAGCAGAAGUUUAUCACCGCCACCAGCACGACCGGUUGGACGACUAUUCCUCCCACGACCAUGAUCAUUCCUGGCACAGUCGUGACUGGCACCAUUCCUGCCACGCCCGUGACUGACGCCGUUCCUUUCACGACCCUGACUGGCACCACUCCUCGCCUGAUCAAGACCGUCGUCGUUCCGCCAAGUCUCAGCCAACUGAGCGCGACCAGCAUCAAGCAGCCGACCACCGUAGUCUMCACCGUGCACGAAUCGAUUACCACCACCGCCGUGGCGAAUGGAGCCGUCGUCCCCAUCAUUACAUCAACCGCCACCUCCACUCACACUCAGCCCCACAGCCAGAAAUCCCACCACCGAGACCUCGCGGGCCGCCCAUGCCCAACAUAUCACUUCGGCUGUGACCCUUUCGACUUCAUCAACAAGAACUGGUUCUGGCUCCUCGCCAUUCCACUCAUCCUUUUGGCUGCCGCAAUGUGGAUCUUUUUCCGCCGCUCUCGUCCCCGUGAUGGAACACCCAGCAGCCAAGAGGGCGACCAGCAGGCUGUUGUCGCCAUGGAGAAUGGAGAGCGCAAUGGAGAGAGUGAGAUUGGAAAGCGUGAGAUUGAAGGGCGCGAACCUGCGAUGCCGUCCAGAGCUGCGCCGAGACCUAACCUCAGGUCCGUUGCGGUGUAUUAA